AUGCAACAUUGGUUGCGCCAUCGAACAAAACAGAUUGUUUUGCCAUUAAGUGAGCCAAUAAGAAACCAAGAAAAAGGCUGUAUUGCUCGGUUUACGGUUUACGUAUUUAAGCACCAGAAAUUAUUCUUCAACAGAAACAUGAAGGCCACAAAUAUGUCACAGAUGGUUUUGAUGGUUUCGAUGCAUCUUCUUCAAACAGUCUUAGUAUCGGCUAAUUUUGAGAGAGAUGAAACUUUACUUACAAAUUCCAACACCCGCGACGGCAACAGCGGGUACCCUCAAUGGGAAAACAUGCAGAAAACGAUAGAUAUCAAACUGUACUCUUUGGAACAACUGGCUUACAGCGAAAACGCUAUUCAGGGCAUCCACUAUGGCCGUAUAGCCAUGGGGUUCCCGCCGCAGCAGUUUGAUGUAAUCUUUGAUACGGGUGGACGGAACCAUUGGAUACCCUCGAUUUCAACAAAAUCUCCUAGGUUGCUUAGACGAAAGUUAUACGAUAUGAGCAAAUCGUAUCACGGUAGAUGGUUGGGGAUCAGAAAUUCUGUCCAUUAUGCAGCUGGAGUUCUGGAGGGUGAACUUGUUUCUGAUGUGUUGAGCAUCGGUUCAUCCCACAUGCCUGGUUUUGUGUUCAUCGAAGCGGACUCACUGAGUGGCCCGGCUGGUGUGCAACCUGUGGCGGAUGGCGUUAUUGGCUUGAGACAGCCUGACAACCCCAAAGCUCUGUUGUCUCCGCUGGUUAGACGGCUGUUUGUUCGUGGACUUAUCAAGGAGGAGGUAUUCACGUUUCGCUUCUUAUUCGAGAAAUACACUCAUUUGCAAGUCAAUUUGGUUUUCACGGGAGACUCAAUUGAAUCUCUCGUUUAUGAUGUCCUCCAGCUGAAUGUGCUGCACACAGGCCGCCUCAUGAUUCAGUUGGAACGAUAUUCGAGAUAUCGCAAAGUUUUCAGCAACCUUAAAUACACCCAUUUGCAAAUCAAUUUGGUUUUCACAAAAGAUUCAACUGAAUAUCUCGUUUGUGAUAUUCUACAACUGAAUGUGCUGAACACAGACUGCCUCACAUUGAGGUCUCCGACAACAGGUGCAUCUCUGUACAACGGGGGUGAUUUGGUAUUUGGUGAAAUUCGUGAGGCCCAUCAAAUAUCCGCACCAGUCUACCUGAGCGUUACAGAACAAUGGUACUAUUGGACCGAAUAUAUUCGGAUUGGUCAAAAUUACAUCUGUAGGUCCUGCAGGUCACUGGCAGACUCGGGCUCAGGAAAGAUCGUUGGACCAGAAGACCAAGUUAAAAGUCUUUUUGCACAGUUUUCUCAUUCGACUGAAGUUGGUGGUCAACUGUUUGUUAGCUGUGCACACAUACCUUCGUAUCAUCCGAUGGUCAUUGGAUUGGGACAAAAACACUUUGUCCUGAAAGCACGAGAUUAUAUAAUUCAAGAAACAUUCAAUGGUGUACAGCGCUGCGUUUUGGGAAUACUCUAUCGACCGGGAAAACCUAGGACGCACUGGACUUUCGGUAUUUCGUUUCUUCGAAGUUUUCACACAAUUUUUGAUCAAAGCAACAGUCGAAUCGGAUUUGCUAAGUCUUGGACCAACUGUUUUAACCGCACCAGUGUCUGCAAGCGCCUGACAGGAACUGCAGAUUUCAACUUCACCGACUGA